AUGGCUUCUCUGAAAUUCGUUCGCUCGGUGUGGGAGUCGUUCCGAGCUACCUCGGGUCUGGAGCCUCGCCUUUUGAAUAAUCUCCGUGUCACUGCCGCCAGGCCCGGCCUGGUCAACUUUGAACUGGACAUUCAGAAAGAGCACACGAAUCGUCUGAACAUUCUCCAUGGAGGCACCAUCGCCAGUAUGGUGGACCUUGGCGGCUCCCUAGCCGUCGCAUCCCGCGGCCUGUUCUCAACCGGAGUGUCAACCGACUUGAACGUCACAUACUUGAACUCCGGUGGCAGAGUUGGAGAUCGAAUCUUGGCCAAAGUGAAAUGUGACAAGUUUGGAAAAACUUUGGCUUUCACUUCAAUUGAGUUCACCAACCCUAACGGGCACGUUGUCGCUCGCGGAAGCCACACAAAGUAUGUGACUCUCGCAUGGAAGGAUCCCCAAAACAUUGUCGAGGAGAUGAACAAGAGCAAGGACUAA